AUGGGAAAAAUCAAAAGGAUAGUUGAUUUCCAAGAAAAAAAUAUUAAUCAAGCCCUUCCUGGUGAUCCAGUACAAGUAAUUGGUCUGGACUUUCUCGCUGAAGCCGGAGAAAAGUUUUUAACUAUCCCAGACGACAAAUUUGGCAAAAAAAUCAGUAAAUUGUUAAUUGAUUAUCACGGAGAAAAAGGAAGUGCUGAUUUUUCCAGCCAGCCAGUGAAUUGGCUGAAUCCAACCACCGAAGAGCAAAAAAUUAUUAAUUUAUUAGUAAUUGCCGAUACUCAAGCUUCUUUGGAGGCUCUUGCUGAUUUAGUUAAAAACCAAGCCUCUGGCGAACUAUCUUUUCAAAUUGUUGCCAGUUCGGUCGGCAAUAUUCACGACCAAUUAAUUAACUUAGCGAAAAUUACUCGGGAAGAAAAACUUGAAAAAUUAAUCCAGCGAACCAAAGAAAAAAAGCAAGUAGAAAAAAUCUUAGGAACUGCUGAAGUAAAACAAGUAUUUUAUUUUUCCAAGGUCGGUAACAUUGCUGGUUGUCAAGUGGCUGAUGGAAUAAUUGAACGUAAUAAUUUAGUUCAUGUUUCUCGUCAAGGUCAAAGAAUUUUCUCCGGAAAAAUAAAAAGUUUAGAAAGUGAAAAACUCAAAAUUAAUGAAGCAAGAAGAGGUCAAGAAUGCGGAAUAGUAUUAGAAAAUUUUGAUGAUUUUCAAGAAAAAGACCAAAUUAUUAGUUAUCGCUGGGAGGAAGAAGAUGUCGAUUAA